AUGGUGAAUUUAUUCAAGCGGAUGCGAAAGCUGAAUACUAUCCUCAAUAUCCGCGUUGGAACGGGCGCCGCAAUCCUUCCCUCAGCAGCUACCGCAACCAAGGAAUUCCCAACCGUCACACGCCUACACCUCACAUACGCCAGUAAGAUAUAUGGUGGACACCAGGGUGCCCGACAUUUCUGGCGGAAUUGUCUCACUCGACUCAAGUAUCAUAACCCGGCUAUCCCGAUCACGGUGAAACAAACUGCGGACCAGGAAGGACCCGCCUCUUUGACGGUAUAUUUCGCAGAGAAUCUCAGCAAUGCCGCUUCACUAAGCGCCAGUGCGGCCAAGGACCAGCAUGCGCCCGAACCGUCCGGGUCGGAACAGGCGGCCGUUGUGGAUGUCAGGAACCUGACCUACACUGAUAUCUGGAACAAAUUUAAGAACAUGACCGGAGCGCAAGAGGUUUCUGCUACGGAGACGGAGAAAGCCGAGUUACAGAAGCUCGAACAGAUGGCACAACAAUCAGUCAAGGACCGCGCACGAGUGGCUGGUAUUCGACAAGCGAAGUUGGAUCACGAGCGAAUGUUACAGGCAGCAAGGGGAGAGGUUGAGAAAUUGAAGCAAUUAUAG